GUUCCAAGGUGUGCACCUUCUGACAUGUUUGAAAACAGAAAGAAAAAGAACAACAUCAAGCUGUAUGUGCGCAGUGUGUUCCUCAUGGAUAACUGUGAAGAAUUAAUCCCUGAAUAUCUGAAUUUCAUGCGAGGUGUUGUUGAUUCAGAAGACCUGCCUCUAAAUAUCUCCCGUGAAAUGCUGCAACAGAGCAAGAUUCUGAAAGUGAUCCGGAAGAACUUAGUCAAGAAAUGCUUGGAACUCUUUACUGAGUUGGCAGAAGAUAAAGAAAACUACAAGAAGUUCUACGAGCAGUUUUCCAAAAACAUUAAGCUUGGCAUACACGAGGAUUCACAGAAUCGCAAGAAACUCUCAGAGUUGUUGAGAUACUAUACUUCUGCCUCUGGGGAUGAGAUGGUAUCAUUAAAAGAUUACUGCACCCGGAUGAAGGAAAAUCAGAAACAUAUAUACUACAUUACAGGUGAAACCAAAGAUCAAGUAGCAAACUCUGCUUUUGUGGAACGUCUUCGUAAACAUGGUUUGGAAGUAAUUUACAUGAUUGAGCCCAUCGAUGAAUACUGUGUACAGCAGCUAAAAGAAUUUGAGGGGAAGACUUUGGUUUCAGUAACAAAAGAGGGACUUGAACUUCCGGAAGAUGGAGAAGAAAAGAAACAGGAGGAGAAGAAAGCAAAGUUUGAAAGCCUCUGCGAGAUCAUGAAAGAUAUACUUGAAAAGAAAGUAGAGAAGGUUGUAGUCUCCAACCAGUUGAUGACUUCCCCAUGCUGUAUUGUGACAAGCACAUACGGCUGUACAGCAAACAUGGACAGGGAUAACUCAACAAUGGGCUGUAUGGUUGCCAAGAAGCAUCUGGAGAUCAAUCCUGACCAUUCUAUCAUUGAAUCAUAG